AUGAGCAUGGAAGAUGAACUGAAUAGCUGUAGUAGCAGUGAUAGUGGCUCGAGCAGCGGGUGCCGAAUCAGCUGCAGCACUAGUAAUGGUGGAACUGGCCGUAGCAGCAUCAGCAGCGGUGAAAGUACACCCGCUGCUACCAGUACCAACAGUGACAGUGAUAAGGCCAGUAGUGAUAAUAGCAGCAGUAGUUUGUGCAGUGAAAACGAUAAGGAGGAUAACGAAAGUGAUGCGGAACGUAAAGGUAUUCGGUCCGGUGGUGGGCAGAAAAAUGGCACAACCGCAAAGGGUGAAACGAGUGUGGUUAACGACACCGAUAAGGAUACUACGGUAGUUGGUGGAAGCGCUAGACCGGCAACAACAGCAACCAUCGGGAAAGUUAUCGAGGGCAAUUUGGGGCCGCUGACAGCGACGGUGAAAUUUAUCAAUCCGUACAAAAACAACUGGAUCAAUGCGGACCGGUUGAACGAGUUGCGGAAAAAGGUACAGGACGCGACCAAGCAUCAUCGGGUGUUUUUGCUCCGCGGGUCCUUCCAUACCGUGCGCCGGGCGUUGGUUGAGCGUGGCUGGGUAGAAAAGUUGGACGGUUUCCGCGUGAAGGCGCAAGCAUCCACCUCCUCUUCCGGCUUCAUACUGGAGGAUUUGGUUUCGCAGCUUCCGGAACGGAAACCGGGUGAAUCACGCAAGAACCACAUCGCCAAAUGUGAGCGCAGCAUUAUGUCACGCUUUCUGGAACAUACGCCAAUUGAUUUCCUCUGGACGGCACGGCGCGAAAAGGCGGAUUGGCUGGAUUUGACGAAAAACUCGUCACUGAUCAUUAACCGCUUCGCAAAAGCGCCGUUCACUACGAAGGAAGGCCUCUGCUCGGCGCUGCACGAUUUCCAUUGGUUCUACGAGGAGGGCAUGUCCGAGACCUACUUUCCCCGGUGCUAUAACGUCUGGAAUCCGGAGGAGUUGAACGAGUUCGUCGACAAUUUCCGGCUGACGGCGUCGAUGGGGCUGCUCAAGUGGCUCAUCGAACGGUACGCGACCGAGGAAGGCCUCGACGCCAUCAUCGCAGACGAUGGCAAUGUGCCGAGCACGUGCAUUACCUUUGCACUGACGCGCUGCAAGGAGUACCUGGACUACUGCCUGCACAACGACAUCGACAUUGAGGAGGACACGAAAGUGUGGGACCACGACUGGGACGUUUUCCUAACGCAUCACUAUCUGCUAACGCACGAAGACAACCGGAUACAGCUGCUGAAGGAGGAGCGCGAUUCGGACGCGAUCGAUAACUAUCUCGCGGAGGCCAAAUCGGUGCUGGAACAGAUUAAGAGCUACUGGCCCCAGUACGCACUGGACGGGUAUCUGAACAUUUGGAUUGUGAAACCGGGCAAUAAGUGCCGCGGGCGUGGCAUCCAUCUGAUGAACAACAUCAAGCAAAUCAUUGCCAUGGUAAACCCACCGAUUGUCAGCAAAACGCGAUACGUCAUACAGAAGUACAUCGAGCGUCCACUCAUUAUUCAUAACACAAAGUUCGACAUUCGGCAGUGGUUUAUGAUCACCAGCGUGCAACCGCUGAAUAUUUGGUUCUACAAGGAAAGCUACCUACGCUUCAGUUCGCAGCAGUACAAUCUCAUGAAUUACCACGAAUCGGUACACCUAACUAACCACGCGAUACAGAAGAAGUACCACAACGCGGUACGGGACGAGCGGUUACCGCACGAAAACAUGUGGGACUGCCACACGUUCCAGGCUUACCUCCGGCAGAUCGACAAGUACGAGAUGUGGUCCGAACGCAUCUACCCCGGCAUGCAAAAGGCAAUCAUCGGCUCCCUGUUGGCCUGCCAGGACAAUAUGGACCGACGGCCGAACACGUUCGAGCUGUAUGGUGCAGAUUUUAUGAUCACGGAAGAUUUCUAUCCCUGGCUGAUCGAGAUCAACUCGAGCCCGGAUCUAGCGCCCAGCACAAGCGUCACGGCACGGCUGUGUCCGCAGUGUGUUGAAGAUACGAUAAGAGUGGUGAUCGAUCGACGAACCGAUUCUAAUGCACCCACCGGUUCGUUCGAGUUGAUCUACAAACAGGUCAUCCCGAAAACUCCCGCCUAUAUGGGACUCAAUCUGCAGCUUCGUGGACAUCGUAUCACGCCCAAGAGCUCCAUCAAGAAGGAUCGCAUGCGUAUGCUUCCACUAAAACCGGUCCAGAACGUGUUGCAAGUGUCCCGGCUGGCUACUUCGGCAGCGGUAGUAAAGCAAACUGCUUCACCGGUUAUAAUGGAUUUGAUAGAAUGUAUGCAGUUUCGAGACGGUAAACCCGACGAUGAUAUGUCACGGCAGCAUGGGAUGGUGCGUGGUGCAUGCGGUGUAACCUCAGCCACACUAUACAAACGGUCCAAUUUUUCGCACAAAAAUAAUAACCUGCGGUAUGACUUUGAGAAGAAAAAAUCGUACAUCAUCUCGAAAACGGGCGAAUUGUUCCGCCGUAAUGGAGCCGGCAGCGGGUCCAAGUAUCUGACCGAAGGGGACACGUACAUCGACAGUGUGGAAGCUUGGGAACGGGCCACGACUAGCUUCUUCCAGCAUAAUUUCUCCAACACGCUCAGUUCACUCACCGUUAAUAAUGGCUGCAAUGGCGGUAGAGAACGAACCGGGUCGGAAUUAUCGGACGAAGGACAAUCUCGCCCAGCUCCCGCGGUGCCCAGUGCCAUGGCAUCGGGCAACGGUUACGCUGCUUCUGGUGGGCCAAACAGGUGUACGAUCAAGAUCACCGAUUGUGAUGACUCCAGUAGUCAGUCAAAUUCUGACUCCGAAAAACGUUCGACUAGCGCGGAAAAUCUGUCCAUUGCCAAUGGAAAUCACGCAAGCCAUGCACCGUCCAAUGGGUUUCCGGCAACUAUUCGCUACAGUACGCGGCACACCGGAAGUCGUAUGACGACCUCCAACAACUUUUACACGCUUGGAUUUAGCUUACAAACAAAACCGUCGAAAACUGUGACUUCGAGGGCAGGCAACAAACUGCAUCACGCACAAUCAGCCGAGGAUCUGCCAGCAUCGUUGGCAGGAGAACGUUCGUCCGCCAUGCUGCUGCAUCCUGGUAACGUUACGUCUUCGGUACAUCACCACAGUACGGCACACAUGACGAGCGGCGGCGGUGGCAGUGGCGGCAGCAGUACAGUGGAGUGUUCUGCUGGACCGACCGGAGGUGGCACGUCGGGCGCUUUCUAGCAGCCGUGGAACACCGCCGCCCGUUGCUGGGGCGGAAAGAACGGUGAUGAAUUUUCUCAACUACUGCUAAGGUCCAGCUUUGCACCGUACACCGGUAAAUCCCCUGCCAACCUGAUCCCGCCUAUUUAUAGUUCCUCCUGCUCCACCACCUCGUCUUUCUCCUCUCCGCCCGCUAACGCAUCCUUUCCAUCCCAUUGGCACUCGCGCUGUAAUCUUCCCAUCACACGCGGCCACUGUUUCAUGGGCAGCAGCUCUAGCAGUACCCAUGGUUACGGCAUCAGCAAAGCAACAACCACUUCUUCCACUGCUAUAAGCAACAGCAUGAGCAACAGCAGCAAACGCAACAGCAGCUAUCAUAACAGUACUGUAAAAAGUAGUAGACACAACGCAGCAACCCCCGCCACACGUUUCCAUGAAACGCUUUUCCGUGUACCUCUGGUGAAAAUUCAAGGUUCUUCCUUACUUAAACCAAAUUGUUUUGUGUUUCAGUAGAUUUUAGUGUACUUUUACUCGGUGUAUAAGUGUGUUAUCCUGAUCC